UAUUCCCUUUUAAAGGAAUUCAAAUAAUAUAUUUAAAAAGUUAUAGGGCAGAAAAAUAGCUGUGCAAGCUAGGGAGCUAAAGAGGCUAUGAUUUCUUCUGAAUGCAGAGAUAUACAGGGGCUAGCAAAUUUUCAGACCCCAAAAGAGGGAGCUGUUAUUUUGGGCCUAGGGACCAGCUCAUUUAGUUCUACUCUGUUGGAUUGAUUUGAGAGAGAGAGAGAGAGAGAGAGAGAGAGAGAGAGAGAGGUUGGUUUGUGUUAAAGAGUAAGAAAUCAGCAACUUCCUUUAGCCUUGAAGUGAGUUUUCAAAUGUGCUGGAAACUUGUUAGUUUAUUUUGAACAAUUUGACAAGAAACCCCAGAAUCACUUGCUUCUGAAGCAAAAAAAUCUGUCUACCAAGGCAAGAUAGACUAAAGAGAAAACCAAGAAAGUUUUAGAGGUUUUGAGUCUAGCUUUUUGGGAAUAGGAAUUUGUACUCUGGGCGUUUUUUUCACCUUCUUAUAUAUCCCAUCACUUGUGCAUGACAUCUUGUGUUGGUGAGUGAUUCCAAUCUCUCUCUCUCUCUCUCUCUCUCUCUCUCUCUCUUCCCCUCUAAUCAUAGUCACCAUCCAUAAUCACAGUAAUCAUUUUUAGCUUGAAGCAAUGAAAAGAAGUUAUUGCUUUGUAAUGGCUCUGCAAAUCCUGUGUUGGGUUUCUGCAACAAGCAGGCCUUUUCCUCCAAAUGAUGGUGUUGGUGUUCAUCAAGAAGGCCCAGGCCAGAACCCAGAGUCCUUACAAGUUACCUUACAAGAGGGUUUAAACACCAUCAAUGGAGUGACAAAAAUGGCUGCAAUAGCAAACUACAGAGGGAUCGGCAAAAUAGGAUCAAGCCCUCCCAGCUGUGACCACAAGUGUUAUGGAUGUACUCCAUGUGAAGCUAUCCAGGUGCCUACCACCACCAAAAAGCACAGCCAUUUGGGGGUUCAAUAUGCAAAUUAUGAGCCUGAGGGUUGGAAAUGCAAGUGUGGCCCUACAUUUUACAGCCCAUGAAAAAUCCCAUGGACAUUUGAACAUACUUGGCUCCUGUUUCUCUCUGAGCUUUAUGUAGUCGGUUGAUCAUUCCAUUGUACAAAAAUCAAAUUGCUAGUUGACUCUAUAUCCCUUCACUAAA